AUGCUGGUAGUUAAGAAGUUAUUACAGUACACUCCUUGUGAUGUUUCCGAUGCCCUUGUGAAAUACGGGGUUAGCAAUGGAGGCUAUAUCCCCAAUUUGGUCAAACAAUCAGGUCCAGAUUCAACUGUUGUAGGUCAAGCAUAUACAGUGCUUUAUGCAGCUAAAAGUGAUCCCAGACCCGCUAUCAAGGAGUCUUAUAUUGAUAUUAUUCCCCAGGGAGCCGUUCUAGUGAUGGCAUUAGCGCCCGAGCUACAAUUGCCCCAUGCUCCUUAUGUUCGAGUGAAUAAUGCUCUUUAUGGAGGUCUCAUGUCGACUAGAGCGUCCUACCGGGGAGCAGCUGGCUCGGUAAUCCUUGGGAGGAUUAGAGACCUUGAUGAGCAUAGAGAAUUGAAGUAUCCUGUGUGGUCUUAUGGUGUUGGGUCUACAGCUCCGGGUCCAGUUGUUAAAGUAGUGGGGAUCAAUGUGCCAGUGGAAAUAAGAGUUCAACUGAUGGAGAUAGAUAAAGACUUUGAAACUAUCAAGGUGAAUGCCGGGGAUUACAUUGUAGCCGAUAAGAAUGGUGCUGUAGUGUUAAAUCAGGGGCAUCCCAAAUUUCAUGACAUAUUGGAGUACAUUCCUAAGAGAGUUGCAGCUGAUACGCUUGUUAGUGAAGAUAUCAAGAAAGGGAAACCUGCUGCUGAGUCCCAAAAACAAAGAAGAGCAAACUUGUGA